CCGGUGCCCCCCCCCAUGGCCCCCCAGGCCUGACCGGCCCCCCCGCCCCCCCUCCCCGGGCCGGAGCCGCCGCCCCCCCCGGAGCCGCGAUGGGAACGUCCGGGGGCUGAACCCCCCCCAGGCCCCGCGGCGACGCCCCGGACGGGACCGACAUGGAGCCCUGAGAGGAGGUGCCGCCGUGGGAUGGCGAAGCUGCUGGUGCCCCUGGUGAUGCUGGGGGCGGUGGCUGCGGCCGGCGGCGGCUCCUUGGGGCCGGGGGGGUCCGGCGGCGGUGUCGGCGUCCCAUCCCACCGCUGCCCCCCCCGCUGCCUGUGCCCGGCGGCCGCCCCCAGCCCCACGCUGCUGUGCGCCCGCACGGGGCUGCUGGCCGUGCCGCCCAGCCUGGACCGCGGCGCCGUGGAGCUGCGCCUGGCCGACAACUUCAUCGGCGCCGUGGGCCGCGCCGACUUCGCCAACAUGAGCAGCCUGGUGCACCUGACGCUGUCCCGCAACGGGCUGCGCCGCCUGGCCCCCGGCGCCUUCGCCGACCUGCGCGCCCUGCGCGCCCUGCACCUGGACGGCAACCGGCUGCCGGCGCUGAGCGGCGCGCAGCUGCGCGGGCUGGCCAGCCUGCGCCACCUCAUCCUGGCCAACAACCAGCUGGCCGCCAUCGAGCCCGGCGCCUUCGCCGCCUUCGCCGCCACCGUGGAGGACCUGGACCUGUCGCACAACAACCUGCCGGCGCUGCCCUGGGACGCCGUGGCCGCCAUGGCCAGCCUGGCCACGCUCACCCUGGACCACAACCUGCUGGAGCGCGUCCCGGCGGGCGCGGUGGCGCGGCUGCCGCGCUUGGCGCGCCUGGACCUCACCGCCAACCGCCUGCGGGCGCUGCCGCCCGUGCCCGGCCCCCCCGGGCCCAGCCUGGCGGCGGGGGGCAACCCGCUGCACUGCAACUGCGAGCUGCUGUGGCUGCGGCGCCUGGCGCAACCGGGCCGGCUGGAGAGCUGCGCCACGCCGGCGCCACUGGCCGGGCGGCUGCUCUGGGCCGUGCCGGAGGAGGAGCUGACGUGCCGCGCUCCCGCCAUCGCCGGCGCGGCCGCCGUGCCCGCCGCGGUGCUGGAGGGGCAGCCGCUGCGCUUGGGGUGCUUGGCGGCCGGGGACCCCCCGCCGGCGCUGCACUGGUUGGGCCCGGACGGGCGCGUGGUGCAGAACGGCUCGCGGCGCGCCGUGGGCGCCGACGGCUCCAGCGUGGAGCUGCGGGUGGCCACGCUGGGCGACCACGGCCACUUCACCUGCGUGGCGUCCAACGCGGCGGGCGAGGCGGCCGCCAGGGUGCGGGUGGACGUGUUGCCGCUGCCGGUGCCGCCCAACGGCGAUAACGGCGACGCCGGCGACGCCAACGGCCCGUCGGACAUGGCGCGGGGGGACGGCGACGGGGGGGCGGGGGGGAACGGGACGCGGCACGCCGGGGCCGCGGUGGCGGCCGAGGUGACGGCGGCGGCCGCGCGCAUCCGGUGGCUGCCCCGGCGACACGGCCCCGGCGUCCGCGGCUUCCAGCUGCGCUACAACAGCUCCGGCGACGAGGCGCUGGUCUACAGGCUGCUGCCGCCGUCCAGCCGCAGUUUGGUGCUGCGGGACCUGGCCGGGGGGCGCGAGUACCAGCUGUGCGUGUCGGCGCUGUACAGCGGGGACCCCCCCGGCGCGCCCCCCCCGCGGCCGCGCUCCCUGGGCUGCGUGCGCUUCACCACCCCCCCGGGGGGGGCGCGGGGGGGGGCGGCGGCGGGGGGGGGGGGCCCGGCCGCCCCUUCCUGCUCGGCCGCCCCCCAGCAGCCGCAUUUCCUGGGGGGGACGGUGAUCGUGGUGAUCGGCGCCGCCAUCGCCGCCUCGGUGCUGGUCUUCAUCCUCAUCCUCACCGCGCGCUACAAGGCGGCCGCGCGCCGCCCCCCCCCCAGCGUGGCGUCCGUCUGCUCGCAGACCAACGGCGCCCCCCGCCCCCCCGAGCCCGAGCCGCCCCCCCCCGCGCCGCCGCAGACCCCCCCGCUGGCACCGCCGGCACCCACGGGUGCCCCGGGGGGGCUGUUCCCCAGCCACAGCUUCCCCCGGCGCGCACGGACUCGGCGCCACGGCCUCGACUCGCAGCCCGGGGGGGGCCCCGCGCUGCGCCCCUCCUUCGGGAGCACCCACUGGAUGCUGGAGAGCACCGUGUGACGGGGGGGCACCCAUGGGUGCUGGGAGCACCGUGUGACGGGGGGGGGGCACCCAUGGGUGCUGGGAGCCCCUCCUUCGGGAGCACCCACUGGAUGCUGGAGAGCACCGUGUGACGGGGGGGCACCCAUGGGUGCUGGGAGCACCGUGUGACAUGGGGGCACCCAUGGGUGCUGGGAGCCCCUCCUUCGGGAGCACCCACUGGAUGCUGGAGAGCACCGUGUGACGGGGGGGCACCCAUGGGUGCUGGGAGCCCCUCCUUCGGGAGCACCCACGGGAUGCUGGAGAGCACCGUGUGACGGGGGGGCACCCAUGGGUGCUGGGAGCACCGUGUGACGGGGGGGCACCCAUGGGUGCUGGGAGCACCGUGUGACGGGGGGGGGCACUCAUGGGUGCUGGGAGCACCGUGUGAUGGGGGCACCCAUGGGUGCUGGGAGCACCGUGUGACAUGGGGGCACCCAUGGGUGCUGGGAGCCCCUCAAUGUGGGAGCAUUGUGUGAUUGGGGGGGCACCCAUGGGUGCUGGGAGCACCGUGUGAUGGGGGCACCCAUGGGUGCACCCACUGGGUGCUAGAGAGCACUGUGUGAUAUGGGGGGGCACCCAUGGGUGCUGGAGAGCACCGUGUGAUAUAUGGGGGGCACCCCAUGGGUGCACCCAAUGGGUGCAGGGAGCACUGCAUGAUAUGGGGGGGCACCCAUGGGUGCGACGUGAUGGGGGGUGCAGAGGGGAUGGAAGAGCUGGGGGGUUCUGGGACCCUUGGGUGCUCCAGGGGGGUCUGAAUGCAGCGCUGGGUGCUCCUGGGGCUCCUGUGCACCCUUGGGUGAUGCUGGGUGGCCAAAUGCACCCUUGGGUGCUCCUGGGCACCCUUGGGGUAUCCUGAGUGCCCCAAUGCACCCUUGGGUGCUCCUGGGGGGUCUGAAUGCAGCGCUGGGUGCUCCUGGGCACCCUUGGGUGCUCUCAGGUGCCCAAACGCCCCCUUGGGGGGUCCUGGGUGCCUCAAUGCUCCCUUGGGUGCUCCUGGGGGGUCUGAAUGCAACGCUGGGUGCUCCUGGGCACCCUUGGGUGCUCUCAGGUGCCCAAACGCCCCCUUGGGGGGUCCUGGGUGCCCCAAUGCAGCUUUGGGUGCUCCCAGAUGCCCCAACGCACCCUUGGGUGCUGCUGGUGCUCCCGUGCGCCCCUGGGUGCCCCCCGCCCCCCGGUGCCCCCCGGUGCCCCCCGGUGCCCCCCCGGUGCGUUGGUCGGGCCCGCCGGGGGUCCCGCUGUCCCCACUGACCUGUCUGCACAGAUGACACGAGAACCGCAACCCCCCCCCCAAAUCCCCCUCCCCCGGACGCCUGGGUCCCCUCGAUGUGUGUGUGUCCCCCCCACUUUACCCCCGUCCCCCCCCCCGGCCCGGGGUCUCCUAUCUGGCUGGUCUGGAUAACCCCCCAUUGCCCCCCAGCCCAAUUUGCCCCGUUUCGCCCCAUGUCCCCACCAGCCGCCCCCCCCGGGCCCCCCCCCGGGCCGCUGCAGCGUUUAACACGUUUUUACAUUAAAACCCUGCGCCCCCCCCGCCCGGGGCGAUGGAA